AUGUCUGACACGACAAAAGAACACGAGGCCAAGGGCGAUGGCCAGGAUAUCUAUCCCGCGCCUUCACACGGGGUUGGGCAUAUCGGCGAAAGCCUGGAACCCAAGGCAACAACCCACGAUGCUGUCUUUGGAGAAAUUACCGAGGGUGGUCCAAACUAUCGCAAUGUUGGGUGGAUAGGCACAUCAGUCUUGAUGAUGAAGACUCAGAUCGGUCUUGGUGUCUUGUCGAUUCCAUACACCUUUGACGUUCUUGGCCUGGUCCCGGGAGUCAUCGUCAUGUGCGCUAUUGCUGCAAUCACUACAUGGUCAGAUUAUAUCAUUGGAGUUUUCAAGAUAAACCACCCCGAGGUUUACGGUAUCGACGAUGUUGGCUACCUACUCUUUGGUACCAUUGGGCGCAACGUCCUGGGUGGGGCCUUUAUCUUGUACUGGAUUUUCGUUGCUGGUUCAGCAAUGCUGAGCAUGUCCAUUGCAUUGAAUGCCCUUUCGGAGCACGGUACCUGUACAGCCGUUUUUGUCGCCGUCGCCGCCAUUGUCAUAUUUUGCCUGUCCAGCAUUCGCACGCUGGGAAAGAUUAGUUGGCUCGCGUGGGUUGGCAUUGUCUGUAUACUGACUGCCGUCUUUACCGUGACUAUUGCUGUAGCUGUCGAGGAUCGUCCAUAUGCUGCGCCGCAAACCGGAACUUGGGUUACAGACUACCAAGUUGUGGGAAACCCAUCAUUUACGAACGCAAUCUCGGCCGUUUCCUCCCUUGUCUUUGCUUACGCCGGAACACCUGGAUUCUUCAGCAUUGCUUCCGAGAUGCGAGACCCGCGCCACUAUACACGCUCCCUCAUGGUUUGCCAGACGGUUGUUACAGUCACGUACUGUAUCGUGGGUAUUGUGAUCUAUUACUAUUGCGGUUCUUAUGUCGCCACUCCUGCGCCUGGAUCCGCUGGACCUUUGGUCAAGAAGGUGGCCUAUGGUAUUGCUCUUCCUGGUUUGUUGGUGUCAGGCAUCAUCACAGCUCAUUUGCCUAGCAAAUACAUCUUUGUGCGAGCCUUGCGUGGCUCGAAACAUCUUACUGCCAAUUCGUUCAUUCACUGGUCCGUGUGGCUUGGCUGUACUUUUGCCAUAUCUCUAGUGGCAUAUAUCAUUGCCAGCGCUAUUCCGGUUUUCUCAGGACUCGUAUCAUUGGUUGGCGCCUUGUUGGGCACUUUGAUGUCGUUUCAACCCAUGGGCGCCAUGUGGCUGUACGACAAUUGGGGCGCAAAAAGCCGCUCAAUCAAGUGGUGGGCAAUGGUCGUUUGGAGCGUCUUCGUGAUACUUUCGGGAACCUUUCUCAUGGUCGCGGGCACAUAUGGAACUAUCGCAGACAUUAUAACGUCAUACACUACUGAGGGAGGGUCCAGUGCAUGGUCAUGCGCGGACAAUUCUGGAAGUACCUGA